UCCAAUCAAUCAUUUCACGCAUUUUGAGCCAUGUGUUUGGUUUGGUGAGGGAGAGGGAGGGACUUUCGUACUAGCUUCUCCUUCCCUCCAUCAAACAACAAUGGCACUCAAACUUCAUCCUUCGGUUACACCUCUCUCUCUUCACACCUUUCCCCGCCAAAACCCUAAUCUCACACCACCGCGUUCUCUCUCUGUAACCGUUUCUAACCGCCACCUUCGUCUCCUUUUCCGCGCACAUUCCCUUUCUGCAAAUCCACGCCUCACGUUGUUCCACCGCACCCGGUUCCGCACCACCGCUCGUGCGAUUCGAGGUCAAGAACUCACCGGUGACGGCCUCCAACAAUCUUCAACCGAAGAAGAACACCAUGGCCAAAUCACCGAAGACGAAGAAGAGGAAGGUGGGAAAAAGGAACUCACGAAGCAGGAUAUGUGGAGUCAGAUGAAGGAAAUUGCAAUUUUUACAGGUCCUGCUGUUGGACUUUGGAUAUGUGGACCGCUUAUGAGUCUCAUUGAUACUGCUGUUAUUGGUCAGGGAAGCUCCAUUGAGCUUGCUGCAUUAGGUCCUGCUACUGUUGUUUGUGAUAACUUGAGCUAUGUGUUCAUGUUUCUAUCAGUUGCUACUUCCAAUAUGGUUGCUACUGCCCUUGCUAAACAGGAUAGGGAAGAAGUGCAGCAUCACAUAUCUGUCUUGCUUUUUAUUGGGCUAGCUUGUGGUUUCAUGAUGCUUUUAUUCACAGGGCUAUUUGGUGCUGCAACGCUCACUGCUUUCACAGGUCCUAAGAAUGUACAUGUAGUACCUGCAGCCAACACCUAUGUACAGAUUCGAGGCUUGGCAUGGCCUGCUUUACUUGUUGGAUGGGUUGCUCAGAGUGCAAGUCUUGGCAUGAAAGAUUCUUGGGGACCCUUGAAGGCUUUGGCAGCUGCUAGUGUUAUAAAUGGCAUUGGUGAUAUAGUUUUGUGCAUCUAUUUAGGCUAUGGAAUUGCAGGAGCUGCAUGGGCUACAAUGGCAUCACAAGUUGUUGCUGCUUAUAUGAUGAUGCAAGCGCUAAACAAGAAGGGAUAUAAUGCUUUUGCCUUCUCCAUCCCUUCAGGAAAGGAACUUCUGAUGAUAUUUCGCCUUGCUGCUCCUGUAUUUAUGACAAUGAUGUCAAAGGUGGCUUUCUACUCACUACUUGUAUAUUUUGCUACAUCAAUGGGUACACAUACAAUGGCUGCUCAUCAGGUCAUGGUCCAAACAUUUUGCAUGUGUACAGUGUGGGGUGAACCUCUGUCCCAAACUGCUCAGUCUUUUAUGCCUGAAUUGAUAUAUGGAGUAAACCGGAGUUUGUCAAAGGCCCGGAUGCUUUUGAGGUCUCUUGUGAUAAUUGGAGCCACACUUGGAUUGUUGUUAGGAAUUGUUGGAACCUCAGUUCCUUGGUUAUUUCCCUAUGUUUUUACACCUGAUCAGAUGGUCAUCCAGGAGAUGCAUAAAGUGCUGAUUCCAUACUUCAUAGCCCUGGCUGUGACGCCCCCUACUCAUAGCCUUGAGGGAACGUUGCUGGCUGGGAGGGAUCUAAGAUAUAUAAGUUUGUCAAUGGGCGGAUGCUUUUGCGUGGGUGUACUAGUACUAUUGUUCUUGAGUAGCAGAUACGGUUUGCAAGGUUGUUGGUUUGCCCUUGCAUUAUUUCAAUGGGCUCGGUUUUCAUUGGCCCUCCAGCGUCUUCUUUCUCCCACUGGCAUUUUAUACGCGGAAGAUAUUAACCAGAAUGAGCUGCAAAAGCUAAAGACUGCUUAACUUAGAACCUUGGAUUUUACACUUUACAGUUCAUGACACCUUACAAGGAUAGGAGAAUGUUGUGUUAGUCUCAAUUAGUAUGUUAAAUAGGAUGCAGUUCUACUUAAGGGACGAGUUAAAUUACAUCUACACUGUUAUAGGAUGCAGUUUACGCAAGUAACUGCCUCAAUCUUCCUCAUGUAUCUAAUAUAAUUAUUAAGAAUGCUUUUAAGGUGAACAACAGACAUUAUUUACAGCAUGCCAA